AUGGCAGUACCAAAGCAGGAGUGCUUAAUACUUUUUGACUUUGAUGAUGAAGAAGAUGAUGAUAUAAACUUUACUGAGAACGAUCUUUCUGAAGAAAAGAGCCCAGCACCUGACAAGGAUGAGGAUAAAUCAUCUUCUGUAGAAACAGAUGAAGAUAUGGGGCUAAAGGUUUACAAUAAGUAUUACCAGCAGUUUAUGGAUCUGUUUAAGCAGUGGGACUUGGAUAAGCAGAGAUGUGAAAAACAGCGAGACAACCUAAUUGUUGGGACAAAUGUCCUUGCAAUUGUAGAAGAAAACCCAAGAAAUCAUAUCUUCAAAGCAAUCAAGGUGAAAGCUAUGAAUAAUCUUCCUGAGGGCAGUGAGCCAUCAAAACUUGGCAGAAGGCUUUGUAUCAAAUGUGUCACCUCUGUAACUGAAGACAACAUCUAUAUCAGCAAGGACACGUUUUUCCCAUUAUGCAUGUUUUCUGGAGGAUUCAGGCCAUUUAAUGGAGAUUUGCUGCUGGUUGAGUAUUCCAUGAACCCGGGCACUUCAAACAUGAAUAUCCACUCUGCGAGCCCCCUCAACUCUCAGAAUAUGGAAGAGGUCUGUGUUACUUGCAAUGAUGGAAGAAAUGGCGUGGUAGAAGCCACCAUGUUUUUCACCCUCGACUCUCUCCAUACUCUCCCUGGAUAUACACCGGGUUUGUACGACAUUGUGAACACUACUGUGGUAGACAGCAUCCAAUCCCACUACACUCGAAGAGUGGUGUCUAUGACUCCAGUGGAUUCUCUGUAUUAA